ACGUCUUACCAGGAGAUAUGCCAAAGUCCUAAUCCCCAGCACCUCUGAAAGCGACCUUAUUUGGAAAUAGGGUCAUAGCAGGUGUAUUUAGUUAAGACGAGGUCAUGCUGGAGUAGGAUGGGCCCUAAUCCAGUAUGAAUGGUUGGCGUCCUUAUAAGAAGAUUGACCAUGCGGAGACGCAGAGGCUCCACCGAAGCAGAGGCGGAGGUUGGAGGCUGGCUGCAUCUGCAAGCCAGGGAAUACGGAGGAGUACCUGGAGCGAGAAGAGGAGCUUGGAAAAGGUUCUUCCUCACAGCCCUCGGAAGGAACCAGCGCUGCCAGCACCUUGCUUUCAGCUUUCUAGCCUCCAUACCCGGGAGGGGAUACGCUUCUGUUGCUCUGAGUGAGGAGUUGGAUCAGGUGGUUGAGAACUCAGAGCAGGCGGACGAGCGGGAAAAGGAGACGGUCAAAGGCCAGGGUCCAGGGAUCUUACCAGGCCUGGACAGCGAGUCCGCCUCCAGCAGCAUCCGAUUCAGCAAGGCCUGCCUGAAGAACGUGUUCUCGGUCCUGCUCAUCCUCAUCUACCUGCUGCUCAUGGCUGUGGCCGUCUUCCUGGUCUACCAGACCAUCACAGACUUCCGCGAGAAGCUCAAGCACCCCGUCAUGUCGGUGUCUUACAAGGAGGUGGAUCGCUACGACGCCCCAGGCAUUGCCCUGUACCCCGGUCAGGCCCAGCUGCUCAGCUGUAAGCACCACUACGAGGUCAUCCCUCCUCUGACGAGCCCCGGGCAGCCCGGGGACCUGAACUGCACCACCCGGAGGAUCAACUACACCGACCCUUUCUCCAACCACACCCUGAAAUCCGCCCUGGUGGUGCAGGGGCCCCGGGAGGUGAAGAAGCGGGAGCUGGUCUUCCUCCAGUUCCGCCUGAACCAGAGCAGCGAGGACUUCAGCGCCAUCGACUACCUCCUCUUCUCUUCCUUCCAGGAGUUCCUGCACAGCCCCGACAGGGUGGGCUUCAUGCAGGCCUGCGAGAGCGCCUAUUCCAGCUGGAAGUUCUCGGGGGGCUUCCGCACCUGGGUCAAGAUGUCCCUGGUGAAGACCAAGGAGGAGGACGGGCGCGAGGCCGUGGAGUUCCGGCAGGAGACCAGCGUGGUCAACUACAUCGACCAGAGGCCGGCGGCCGAGAAAAGUGCUCAGCUGUUUUUUGUGGUCUUCGAAUGGAAGGAUCCCUUCAUCCAGAAGGUCCAAGACAUAAUCACCGCCAAUCCUUGGAACACAAUCGCUCUUCUCUGUGGGGCCUUCUUGGCAUUAUUUAAAGCCGCAGAGUUUGCCAAACUGAGUGUGAAAUGGAUGAUCAAGAUUAGGAGGAGGUACCUUAAGAAGAGAGGUCAGGCGACAAACCACAUAAGCUGACGCCGCCUGUGCUGUUCGUAGAACUGCCCGAGUUACUGGAAGCUGUCGUGGCUUCGGCUUCGGGGAAGCUGCCAGCAGUCGGGUACCCACUUGAAGAAACACUGCAGCUUCUCACCCGGCCCCCGAAGAGACUGUCUAGAGCCCAGUGAACCAGAUCAGUGGAUGACCUAACCUUAUUUAAAUAUUUAAAUUAUUAAUGAACAUGUCUCAGCAUCUCAUGAAUAGUGUUUGUAGAAGGGGGAAUUAGAUAUAACCCAGUUUUCUGAAGGUCUGUGGAAGCGGCCUCCUUUCUUAUUUUGGUAUAGAGUUAAGGUCUAACAGGAUAAUUAAGGCUCUGACCUUAGGUUUUUCUCUCGAAGUUUUAAUUUUUUUGCUUUUUAGGGCCACACCCUCAGCACAUGGAGGUUCCCAGGCUAGGGGUCGAAUCGGAGCUGCAGCUGCCGGCCUACGCCACAGCCACAGCAACACGGGAUCCAAGCCGCAUCUGUGACCCACACCACAGCUCCCAGUAAUGCCAGAUCCUUAACCCAUUGAGCGAGGCCGGGGAUUGAACCCACAACCUUGUGGAAACAAUCCUAGUCGGAUUCGUUUCCGCUGUGCCGUAGUGGUAACUCCAUCUCCUGAAGCUUUUAAAAUGGAUGAAAAGGGAGUGUGAUUUGCACCCCGCCCCAGCGCUGAGUCUCCAGGUGUGGAGGUCGUCACUGCUCGGCCUUGGCGAAGAUCAAGUGCAGACCUGGAGGUCAUGCUGUGAACGUGCCCUGUGCGCGAGAAAGGCAGAACCCUCUUGUCUCUGCAGCCGUCAGCCAGCCUCUGACCUGCUCUCUCGUUUGUUAAAUAGUAAAUGAGCCUUUUUUUUUUUCUUUCUGGGCCAUACCUAUGGCAUAUGGAAGUUCUCAGGCCAGGGACUUGAAUCCGAGGCGCAUCUGUGACCUAUGCCUCAGCGGCAGCAAUGCCAGAUCCUUAAGCCACUGCACCAGGCCGGGGAUCGAACCCGUGCCCAAUCAGAAACAAUGCCAGCCCCCUAAGGUGCUGCACCACAGCGGAAGCUCCCUAAAUGAGACUUUUUUAAAAAGCUACUGGAAAUUUGUAAUUAGAUUUCUUAGGGCCUGACUAGCCACCUGUCUGGCUAGAAUAUUUGUUGACGCAGGUGUGUUUGGAGUUGUUAACAUGCAGAAGCACUAGAACAUGUAUGUGUAUGUACAUGGUAGGUGCCUAGUCUGUGUAUUUUGAUGAUUUCAUUAACAGGUAAAUAAAAGAUUAAUGCAAAAGGAAUCA